GAWUAGCAMCKGCAAAUCACAGACGUUCUCUCCCCGAUUUUUUGAGGGGUGAUAACGGAUGUACACAGGCUAAUCUCUUACUACUAUCCAGGUAUUGUUUCAUUGACCUAGAUUGGAUCACAAGUCACAGAAAGCGUUUUGCAAGAAUCAUGAAGUACAUUGUGCUGUUAGUUGUUGCUGUUAUUGUUGAACCAUGUUUUAGUGCUGAUCCUGUUCCUGCUCUGAACAUCACACGAUAUCUUGGACGAUGGUAUCAGAUGUAUGCAGAUAAGAUCGUCAUGUCAACAUUUGAGAAAGAUGGUGUGUGCGGCACAGCAGACUAURCUCUCAGGAAAGAUGGAAAGCUUGGAGUGUUAAACAGCCAACGAAUCAAAACCCCGACUGGUGAGCUGAGCCAGAUCACUGGGUACGCUUAUGCACCAGACCCAAAGGAACCUGGGAAAUUUAAGCUCCACUUUGAUGUUGUACCUGUAGAUGGUGACUAUUGGAUUAUUAAGCUCGGUCCCCCGUCCUUUGGGGAAGAUAAAAAGUACCAGUACUCCGUCGUAACAGACAGAUUACAUUUGCAAAUGUACGUGUUGGCCAGAGAUCCACAAGCAUUCAAGAAUGAAUACGACGAAGAAAUCAAAACAUUUUUGACGACGAAUGGCUUUGACCAUUUUUGGAACAAACCCAUUGCUACUUUGCAAAGCAAAGACUGCGAAUACGUUCCUCCAAAAACAAACUUGUAUCAGACAACUGAAGAAUACAUGGCAGAGAUUUAGAUGAAUAAACCACACAUGGACUUUUCAUUUUUUUAUAUCUGUUUUUCGUGUCGAUUUCUUACACUUGCUCUCGAUCAAUUUACUGUUAGUGGCGGCUGGAAAAAUAAAUGAGAAAAAGUUAAUUUUCA